UGUUCUCGCACGUGAUUGGCUGCUUCCCGGAAGUAAACAUCAUGUGACCUCGCAAAUCAGCUGAUCCCCGUAGACAUCUUUACUAGUCACGACUGCGGAGAUUAUUUCAAACCUCCUCCUCUGUGAUUCUCCGGCCCGGGCGGAUCUCUGACAACUGCAGCCAUGGCGCUCAGCGAUGCCGAUGUACAGAAGCAGAUCAAACACAUGAUGGCCUUCAUCGAACAGGAGGCCAACGAGAAGGCAGAAGAAAUUGAUGCAAAGGCGGAAGAAGAGUUCAACAUUGAGAAGGGCCGCCUGGUCCAGACUCAGAGGCUGAAGAUAAUGGAGUACUACGAGAAGAAAGAGAAGCAGAUCGAGCAGCAGAAGAAAAUUCAAAUGUCUAACCUGAUGAACCAGGCUCGACUGAAGGUGCUGAAAGCCCGCGAUGACAUGAUCUCAGAAAUGUUGAAUGAGGCCCGCCAGCGGCUCGCUAACGUUGCAAAGGACGCGGCCAGGUAUCCAGCCCUGUUGGACGGAUUGAUCUUACAGGGAUUCUAUCAGCUCCUGGAGACCAAAGUGACCAUUCGCUGCCGUAAACAGGACGUGCAGUUGGUACAGGCGUCCAUCCAGAGGAACAUCCCCAUAUAUAAAGCAGCUGUGAAGAACAACCUGGAGGUCCGCAUCGACCAGGACACCUUCCUCUCCCCAGACAUUUCUGGGGGGAUUGAGCUCUAUAAUGGCAAUGGGAAGAUCAAGGUGGCCAACACCCUGGAGAGCAGACUGGACCUCAUGGCUCAGCAGAUGAUGCCUGAAAUCCGAGUGGCUCUCUUCGGUGCCAACCCAAACCGCAAGUUUAUGGACUGAGUGGCUCUGCUGUAUUAGAGAUAAAAACUCCGCUUUUAUUUUUUAUGUUGUCAUAUGAAAGACGUCAUUCCUCUUGUCUGUGAAGCGAAAUUUCCGAUGCAAAAAGAGACGCAUUGUUAUCAUUGUGUGAUGUAUUGUUGUAUUUUUUUCUGUGCAUUAAGGGACAUGAUAAGACGCUGCAGCUCAACAUUGGAGAUGUGCAUCAUGGGUACUGCACAGCUGUAAUGACCGGUUUACUCUGCUGCCCCCCCCCUUUUGAGGGUCUCGGUUUACACUGAUUAGUCAGGGAGGACGGGAUUGGGUGAUUGGCUGGAUGUUUUAACAGGUGGUCCUCUAAUUGGAUCAGUCUUCAUGACAAACACACCGUAUCCGUGUCAAAGUUUUCCCUGUUUCAUUAACCUCUACCCUGCAUUAUGAGUUGCAUGGGGUAUUGUGUUGAUAAUGGAUGUCUGCUCCAACCAAUCACAGAGGAAAAAUAAAUAGUAUCCUAGUAACAAAACUGAAGACCGUACAUGACCUUACAGAGUUAAUUUAUUGAUGUUACAUCGACUGUAUGUUGUUAUUCUGUCAUGAAUUAAAGGAGUGGGUGAUAUCAUUCCAGAGGGUGCACUGUAUGUAUAUGAGGUUUCCAGAUUAAAUUAUAUGUAUGUGUGGUUGUUGUUUUCUUUUUGUUGUUUUCUCUUUUUUUUUGAUUGUGUCUCAAACUGAAAAUGUUAUAUUGUGGAAAUGUAAAACAUAAUAAAAUAUAAAUCAUUAGUA